AACACAACUCUAUACCAAUUUCAAGGCAUACCAUACGCUGAGCCACCCAUCGGUGCGCUCAGGUUUGCUAAACCCAAACCCAUUCAAGAGCCACGGGAUGAUAUAUUAGACGCCACAAAACCGGGAAACUCUUGCCUACAAAAAGAAUUGCCAAAUGCCCCGGAAGUACAAAAUCAAAGUGAAGACAGUCUUGUGCUGAACAUAUGGACACCAACUCUACCCACAGAUAACACAACCAAUCAGUCACUCAAACCGGUUAUGUUUUGGAUAUACGGCGGAGGUCUUAGCGUUGGAACCAUUAAUAUGUUUAACGGCGGACCACUGGCCGCACACGACGUGGUAUUUGUUGCCCCGAACUAUAGGUUGGGUUACUUUGGUUUCCUAUACGGGGAUCGGGAGGACGCGCCCGGAAAUGUGGGCUUUUAUGACCAGUUAUUGGCACUUAAAUGGGUUAGAGAAAACAUCCAUCAGUUUGGCGGAGAUAGGGAUCAGAUCACCAUUUUUGGUAUGAGUGCCGGCAGUUUAUCCGUAUCGGCGCACAUACUCUCCCCGCUAUCCAAAGGCCUAUUCAAGAGGGCUAUAAUGCAAGGCGGGGCUCAUAUGUACAACAAGGACAGGGAUCUGCUCAGUAAAGCUGAAGCCAUAGCCAGUGGCAAACGUUUAGCCAAAGAGUUGGGUUGCAGUGAAGACAUGGAUUGGAUUCAGUUUUUAAGGACAGUUGACGCCAAGGAUUUAGUUGAAAAAACCAGAUCCUUGUCAUACCCUGUGUUGGACACCGAGUUUUUACCACUUUCUGCUCGCAAAGCAUUUCAGGAAAAACAAUUUAAUUCCGACAUAGAUUUAAUGGCAGGCAUAUCAAGCAAUGAGGGCUCAAUUUUGUCCGAAGUAUAUGUAAUGCCAAAUAAAAAGGUUUUUACAUUGAAUGAUUUCGAGGCUGGGGUUAAGGCAUCGGACAAUUUAUAUCACAACAUAGAUGUCCAGAAAGUAAUAGACUAUUACGUGAAAGGUGUGGACACGAGUAGUACACCGGCUCUGAAGCGAGCGUUUUAUGAAUUUGUCGGCGAUUUAUGGAUAAAAUACCCGACAUAUGAGUUCGCCCGACAAAUGGCCACAACUGUUGGCAAUCGGCAUAACAUAUACUUCUAUGAACUCUCAUAUCAAAGUCCAUUCUAUGCGAAGAUUCUUGAGUGCAAUGACGAGGAUAUGGCUGUCGGACACGGAAUGGAAAUGCCAUUUGUCUUCGGACAACCAUUUUUAGGGCAAACUAUCAAAUAUUUUGACACAACUGAUCGAAAAUUUAGUCGCGCUGUUAUGCGGAUGUGGACUAACUUUGCCAAAUACGGCAAACCGAACGACAAAUGGCCGCAACUGUUGAGUGAUCCGAAUGUACCGAAAGUGAAGGAUUUAAACCCCGACCCAAACCGACCCCCACUUCACGACCCUAAAAUGACAACAACUGCAGACGUGAAGACCACAUCGGGAAGAGUGAGGGGUCGAGUGGUUGUGGCGCUCAACACAACUCUAUACCAAUUUCAAGGCAUACCAUACGCUGAGCCACCCAUCGGUGCGCUCAGGUUUGCUAAACCCAAACCCAUUCAACAGCCACGAGAUGAUAUAAUAGACGCCACAAAACCAGGAAAUUCCUGCUUUCAAAUAGGAUUACCAAAUUUUCCAGAAGUACUGAAUCAAAGUGAGGACUGUCUUGUAUUAAACAUAUGGACACCAACUCUACCCACAGAUAAUAUAUCCAACAAAUCACUCAAACCGGUUAUGUUUUGGAUACACGGCGGAGGAUUUAGCAUUGGGUCCAUUGAUCUAUACAACGGCGGACCACUGGCCACACACGACGUGGUAUUUGUGGCCCCGAACUAUAGGUUGGGUUACUUUGGUUUCCUAUACGGGGAUCGGGAGGACGCGCCCGGAAAUGUGGGCUUUUAUGACCAGUUGUUGGCACUCAAAUGGGUUAGAGAAAACAUUCAUUUGUUUGGCGGAGAUAGGGAUCAGAUCACCAUUUUUGGUCAAAGUUCUGGCAGUUGUUCCGUAUCGGCACACAUACUCUCCCCAUUGUCUAAGGGGUUAUUCAAGAGGGCUAUUAUGCAAAGCGGCGCUCAUAUGUAUAAUAAGGACAGGGAUUUACUCACUAAUGCUGAAGCCCUGGCAGAGGGUAAACGUAUAGCCAAAGAGUUGGGUUGCAGUGAAGAUAUGGAUUGGAUUCAGUUCUUACGGACAGUUGAGGCCAAGGAAUUAGUGAAAAAGUCAAAAGCAUUGACAUAUCCGGUGUUGGGAACAGAGUUUUUACCACUUUCUGCUCAAAAAGCCUUUCAACAAAAUCAUUUAUAUUCCGGUUUCAGUUUUAUAUUUAAUAAUCUAUUUUAUUUUAAAUUAAUAUUAAUAUAUUUAUGCAAAAACAAUUGUUUAGUCUUUACAUUAAAUGACUUUGAGACUGGGGUUAAGGCAUCGGACGAUAUCUAUCAUAGCAUUAAUAUCCAAAAAGUGAUGGAUUAUUACCUGAAAGGUGUGGACACGAGUAGUACACCGGCUCUGAAGCGAGCGUUUUAUGAAUAUUUUGGCGAUUUAGUCAUUAAAUACCCGACAUAUCUAUUCGCCCGACAAAUGGCCACAAGUGUUGGCAAUCGGCAUAACAUCUACUUCUAUGAACUCUCAUAUCAGAGUCCAUUCUAUGCUCGGAUUCUCGGCUGCGAUGACAAGGAGUCGGCGGUCGGACACGGAAUGGAUAUACCGUUUGUGUUGGGACAACCAUUUAUAGGAAAAUCUAUCAAAUAUUUUGACAAAACUGAUCGUCAGUUUAGUCGGCAAGUGAUGCGGAUGUGGACUGACUUUGCGAAAUACGGUAAUAGCAUUAAUAUCCAAAAAGUGAUGGAUUAUUACCUGAAAGGUGUGGACACGAGUAGUACACCGGCUCUGAAGCGAGCGUUUUAUGAAUAUUUUGGCGAUUUAGUCAUUAAAUACCCGACAUAUCUCUUCGCCCGACAAAUGGCCACAACUGUUGGCAAUCGGCAUAACAUAUACUUCUAUGAACUCUCAUAUCAGAGCCCAUUCUAUGCGAAGAUUCUCGGCUGCGAUGACAAGGAGUCAGCGGUCGGACACGGAAUGGAUAUACCGUUUGUGUUCGGACAACCAUUCAUAGGAAAAACUAUCAAAUAUUUUGACAAAACUGAUCGUCAGUUUAGUCGGCAAGUGAUGCGGAUGUGGACUGACUUUGCGAAAUACGGCAAACCGGACGACAAAUGGCCGCAACUGUUGAGUGAUCCGAAUGUACCGAAAGUGAAAGAUUUAAACCCCGACCCAAAGCGACCCCCACUUCACGACCCCUACGGACAACGCUAUACACACUUAUGGGAAACUUAUUUUUAUAAA